UACCUCCCUUCCUUUUCUCUCACCUCUAACCUCCCCCUUGAGCAUGCAUCUAGUUUAUGCAGCUGUGAUAGAAAAACAGAGGAGAGAGAAUGACGGCUGGUAAAUAUAACUGCGAUUAUUGCGACAAGGAAUUCCGUGAUACUCCGGCUGCAAGGAGGCGUCAUCUUCAAGGAAUUCAACAUCAACGUAAUCGCAAACUCUGGUACGAUUCUAUCUCUUUUCAACAAGGCCAUAAUCAGAUUCCUGUUGCCACUCCAAAUUUCGGGAAAGGAGUAUGCAAUCGUUUCAUGACAACAGGUUUUUGCUCUUAUGGGGAUUCUUGCAAAUACCUUCAUCCCAAACAUAGUUUGCAAGUUCCAGUUAUUCAAGGAACAUCUAGUCAUGUAGCUAGCCAAAGCUUUGGGAUGUCAUUGGAGAACCUACCUCCAUCACUAAGGCCUCCUCCUGAAGGAGGAUAUCCACCUCUACCAUUUGUUGAUUGGGGAUGAGCAUGAGCCAUGAGCAGCACUAAUCCGAAACGGGAAGAACCAUUUGUUUAGAAGUUAGAAGAGAUCAAGAAGAUAGGCAAAGAUGUGUUGGGCAUGCUUGUGAAGGAGGAAAGGCGCUGUUAUGGCAGCUGAAUUAAACCCGCAUAGGUACUUGGAAGAAAAUUGGGGAGGCCAAGGUAGGGGGACAAUCCUAUAAUUCAUCUUUUUUAGGUUGUCUUUAAGUUUUAGCACACUUCAUCUCCUGUUUGUUCUGUCAUCUACCAUGUUCAGUUGGACCAUGAUUUUUCCAUGUCCAUCAUAUCCAUCUCUGACAGACUCUUUAUCAUAACGUUGGUUUUGUGUUUGUGUUAUUGUUCGUGGUCCGCAGUCUAUAUGUUAUCUGAUAAUCCUAUGUAUGCAAUGUGAAAAAAAUCCGCAAUACAGAAGUUUGGCGGGUGUAAUAUAGUACGGACGAAGCUAUUUGUUCUGGAUAUUACCAGCUACAGAAGUAUAUCUGCAAACUGAGAUGUACAAUUAUUGAACUAAGCAUUUGCUUCGGGUAUGGCAGUAUGGAUAAUCUUGUAUGGCUAUUUGUCCAAUGAACUUUUUGUGGAUGAGACUUGAGAGUUGUGUAAUUAAGAUUUCCAGAAUGCUUCAUGUAUUAUGAAAAGCAUGUUUACACUUGUUCA